CCCUCCUUUUCCGUCUCCGCUCAAGGCAAAUUCCACAUGCAGUAGUUGUAGAUGUUGUUGUGGGUUUGUUUUUCUUGGCUUUCAAAUCAGGAACAACGCGACAGAUCCUCCGCGGCUUUCUCGAACCGGGCUAGCGCCGCAGGUCCAUCAAAUCCGAUAGCUACCAUCCCCAUCCAUCCAUCCGUCAAAUCACCUCAUCACAUCCAAGGGGACCAAAAGGAUAUCUCUGGCUAGCUAUACCUUCGAUCCCCUCCCUCCUCACCCAGUCGUAUAAAAUUCCCCUUUCCACACACCACCGCCCUGCACUGCUUAUUUCAUCCCGGCCCUCAAUCCCGAUCCAUUCUCCGGUAUAAUUUCUUGCGAUCCAUCCUUUCUUUCUUCCUUGUUCACCCCAGCCGCCAAAAAUCACCGAGGAUCAAAGCAAGAAGCUAUAUCUCAAGUAUAUAUCCACCCAUACGCAGUAGCACGAGUACUUCUUGUCCAUCAGCAGCCAGCUGAUAGCUACCGCCACUACUACAUUCGACCGAUCCGUCGUCGUCAUAAUGUCUUCGUCGUCCUCCUCCUCGUCGGCUGUCUUCAACCUGCAGGACCACCUCGCGCCGUCCCCCACCGAGCAGCUCUGCUACGUGCACUGCAACUGCUGCGACACCAUCCUUGCCGUCGGCGUGCCGUGCAGCAGCCUGUACAAGACGGUGGCGGUGAGGUGCGGCCACUGCGCCAACCUGCUCUCCGUCAACCUCCGCGGCCUCCUGCUCCCUCCCGCGGCGCCUCCGGCAAACCAGCCCCAGCUCAGCCACUCCUUGCUCUCCCCUACUUCCCCUCAUGGCCUCUUGGACGAUGUGGCGUUCCAGACGACGAGCUUGCUGAUGGACCAGGCGAGCGGCAACAACCUGAGCAGCGGCGGCUUCACGGGCCGCAGCAACAGCAGCUGCGCCAGCAACAUGCCGGUGAUGCCGAUGCCUGCAGCCACCAAGCCCGCGCAGCAGGAGACCGAGCAGACCACCAAGAGUGCCCCAUCGACCAACAAGCCUCCGGAGAAGCGGCAGAGGGUCCCAUCCGCGUACAACCGCUUCAUCAAGGAUGAGAUCCAGCGCAUCAAGGCCGGCAACCCGGACAUUACCCACCGGGAGGCCUUCAGCGCAGCGGCAAAGAAUUGGGCCCAUUUCCCACACAUCCAUUUCGGCCUCAUUCCAGAUCAGGGGUUCAAGAGGUCCUUCGUCAAAGCUCAGGAUGGCGCUGAAGACAUGCUUCUCAAGGAUAGUCUCUAUGCGGCCGCGGCUGCGGCGGCUGCCAACAUGGGCGUCACUCCAUUUUAGUUUGCUAAUUAAGUAGCAAAGCCUCUCAAGUUCUUUGCCAAUGUCCCUAGCCAACUUUCUUCGCCGCAUUCUAGCUAGCUAGCUAGGGUUUCAACUUAAUUAUGUCUCCUCAAGAUCGUGUGUGUUGCUUAAUUAGUGUACUUUUAAUUCCAGUGUGUUCGAUGGAACUAAUCUAGAAUCAAGUCGAAUACCUUAGGUCAUAAUUCUCAUGAGCAUCUCUCUAGGUAGCCUUCGUUGUGUGCAUCCGUACGUGGUUGCAAAAGCUGAAAUGUUUUGCCCUUUCAAAAUAAAACUAAACCUUGUAUUUA